AUGACGGGGGCACUGCGGUAUCGAGCACUGGCUCGAGUCAUAGAACGCUGUCUGGGCUCGCGUGCGCUCGGCGAGAGCGGCUCAGCAGCUGCAGUCAGCAACUAUGUCUGGCAGCGCGAAGCAUCACGGGGUUUCGUGUUAGGGACGCGCCUGCUGCCGUGGUGCCCGCUAGGGUCGCGUUUACUGCACAGUCCAUCACAGACAGCGUCAGUUAUCAGGAUGAAUACCGGUUCGUUUGCACCUAAACCCGAUUUGGGUGAACAACAACCAAACACUCUGACGGGGCAGCCACGUAUCAUGGUCGUUGGGGUUGGCGGCGCCGGUGGAAACGCAGUCAACAACAUGAUCGCGUCUUCACUGCCCGGGGUCGAGUUCCUCGUCGCGAAUACAGACGCACAAGCGCUGAAAAUGAGCUUAUGUCCUAACCGUAUCCAGUUAGGUGCAAGCCUAACUGAGGGGCUCGGCGCGGGCGCUCGACCCGAUAUUGGACGAGCCGCAGCAGAGGAAGCGUAUGAGACGCUCAAGCGAGAGUUCCGAGGCGUACACUUACUGUUCGUCACUGCCGGCAUGGGUGGGGGCACCGGCACUGGCGCUGCGCCCAUCAUUGCACGAGCAGCCGCAGAGCUCGGUUGCCUGACGGUUGCCGUCGUCACGAAACCGUUCCAUUUUGAGGGCAUGAUCCGAAUGAAAACAGCCGAGCAAGGCAUCGUCGAGCUCACAGAACAUGUCGAUACGAUGCUGGUCAUCCCGAACCAGAAUCUCUUCAAAGUCGCCUCGCCGCGCACUAGCUUCCUGGAUGCAUUCCGCCUCGCCGAUCACGUGCUCUACUCUGGUGUUCGUUCGAUUACAGACCUGAUGACGGUACCAGGCCUGAUCAAUUUGGAUUUCGCUGAUGUUCGCAGUGUUGUUAGGGAAAUGGGACGAGCCAUGAUGGGAUCCGGUGAGGUCGAGAUGGAGGCCGGCAACGAAGAACGCGCCAUUCGCGCGAGUGAAGCGGCUAUCUGUAACCCGCUGCUCGACGAGACCUCCUUACGCGGCGCUCGCGGGGUGCUUGUGAACAUUACCGGUGGUACGGACAUGACGCUUUUUGAGAUAGAUGCUGCAGCGAAUCGAAUUCGAGAACAGGUCGAUCCCGAUGCGAACAUUAUUUUCGGAUCGGCUUUCGAUGCUUCGAUGCAGGGGAGGCUUCGCGUCAGUGUUCUCGCGACCGGCAUUCCAUCCUGA